AUGGCGGCACCCUUGCAUACAGUAUGGUCGAUUGUCCAGAAGGGUAUACCAGAUGUAUUCCUGAAGAGAAAGUUCAACUUCAUCACAAUCCACUACCUCUACAUCAGUCUCAUGGCCCUGUUUUGGUCGGGCAUGUUCUACGCUAUCGGUGGUGUUGAUUACAUAGACUCACUCUUCUUCACCAGCGGAGCAUGUACUCAGAGUGGUCUGAACACCGUCGAUGUCAACAAGAUCAAAACAGGCCAGCAGGUCAUUCUGUACCUUUUGGCAAUGGUGUGCAAUCCCAUUUUCAUCCACACCUCAGUUGUCUUUGUACGCCUCUACUCGUUCGAGAAGCGCUUCAAGGACAUCGUUAGAGAUGCAAAACAGCUUCGGCGGACCAGAUCAAGAUCACGACAGCGCAGAGGAAGUAUGCACUCGACAGAUCCCGAAGCCCAGAUGGGCGUCAAUAGUGUUCGUGGCCGAGCGAUUCAACUACUCCGCAAUACGGGUCACAAAGCUGAGGGUCGUACAAUGACUGAUCCAACGUACAAGAUUGAAGAGAAAGAGAAGCAGAUGGACGCUUCCGAUACUUCUGGUGACAACUACGAUGACAAUGACAAAUCUCUACGUCGAAGCAAUUCUAUCGACAGCGUACGUCUGCCACAACAAAUGAAUACCGAACAGCACAUACAAUUUCUUGAGAACCAGAGGAACCCGGUGGAUACUACGACCCUCCGCAUACCUAGUCCUCGAGAAUUCGAUCGUGGUGGUCGUGUGCAAAGCAUUGACGACACUGCGCAACUGGAUCGCCAAGUAUCGCACAUCAAUCCCGAAGACCGUGCCCCAGAGAUCAUCGGUGUGCCAAGAGUUGGUACCCAUAUCACCUUCAAUGAACCAGAUGUUCCUUCGCAUCAGAAAGGCCCGAGUAGAGCAGCAACGGCUUUUCCACGCAUCGAGACAGGAAAAGCAUCGACUUUGGAACCUAGUACCUACGACGAUCCUCUUGUACGUGGCCAAAGCCGAAACAGGAGAAACUCAAACGGUUUCCUCCGCACGACCACAUACAGGACCAACGAGCCAGCUCCUUAUCUGAGUUAUCAACCAACUGUUGGCAGGAAUUCUUUCUUCGUGAACUUGACCGAAGAGGAGCGUGAGGAGCUUGGAGGUAUAGAGUAUCGUGCUCUGAAAACGCUGGCACUCAUUCUGAUCGGUUACUUCUUCCUCUUCCACAUCUUUGGUGCCGUCUGCUUGGCACCUUGGAUCUACAAUGUCAGCUAUGGCACCGUUGUGACGGAGAUUGGUCAAGGUCGAGGCUGGUGGGGCGUCUUCACGUCUGGGUCUGCUUUCAACGAUCUGGGCUUCACAUUGACACCGGACUCGAUGAUCUCUUUCCAGAGUGCGACGUUUCCGAUGCUGCUGAUGACAUUCCUUAUCAUCAUUGGCAACACUGGCUUUCCUUGUAUGCUCAGAUUCGUAAUCUGGCUGCUAUCGAAAUUCGCUCCAGUCGGAAGUGGCCUUUGGGAGGAGUUACAAUUCUUGCUCGAUCAUCCUCGUCGCUGCUUCACGCUUCUCUUCCCAAGAGCAGCUACUUGGUGGUUGUUUGCAAUUCUUGUCCUACUCAACGCCAUUGAUCUAUUCUUCUUUAUCGUUCUCGACCUCAAUGACCCAACUGUGGAAGUACUUAGCCCCUGGGUCAAGUUCAUGGUCGGCCUCUUUCAAGCAGCAUCCACACGUACAGCAGGCUUUGCAGCUGUCAAUCUUGCCGAACUACAUCCUGCCAUACAAGUUUCUUACCUAAUCAUGAUGUACAUUUCCGUGUUCCCGAUCGCCAUUUCUAUGCGAAGGACGAACGUGUAUGAGGAGAAGAGUUUGGGUAUAUAUGCUAGUGGCAAUGACGACGACCAAGGUGAUGGUGAACCAAGCUACGUCGGCGCUCACUUGCGGAAACAGCUCAGUUUCGAUCUGUGGUAUAUCUUCCUUGGUCUUUUCAUCAUUUGUAUUGUGGAAGGGUCACGUCUCGAGAACACAAACGAGUAUGCCUUUACAAUCUUCUCGGUGUUGUUCGAGAUCGUUUCCGCCUACGGUACGGUAGGAUUAUCAUUGGGCUAUCCAACAGCCAACACUUCAUUCUCCGGGCAAUUCAAGGUUCUAUCAAAAUUGAUCAUCAUUGCCAUGCAAAUUCGAGGCCGUCACCGUGGUCUUCCUUACAUGCUUGACCGAGCUGUUCUUUUGCCAUCCGAGAAUUUGCAUCGAAAGGAGGCGGAGGAGGCAAACAGACUACUUGCACGACGACAAUCUCAAAUCUCGACGUAUGACAUUCGUCAAGCCAUGUCAAGAUAUGGCACUGAUGCUCCUCUUGCAACAGCAACAAGCCAUAGAAGUAACAAGGAUGAGUAUCAGAACGACGAAAACCAGACUGGCCCCCGAAAGCGACGUCACACAGGAUUGUCUACCACAAGCUCCGGAGGUCAUGGAGGAGGAAGCCAUCCAUUCCAUCGAGGUCUUGGAAAGGCCAUGUACAAAGUCGCAGGCGCCGAGGACGCCAUCAAAGAAGAGGCGGAAAAAAUUACGAAGACUGUUAGUACACACUGA